AUGGUGCUAUUCCCCUCACUUCUCACGAUACGGUUCUUCCGCCAUAUAAUCCAGCGCCAAUUCCCUUCGACCACGCCAAAGCCGCACUGCACCCCUUCAGCGCUCUCUUCGCAAUUCCUCCGAUCCUCUGCUCUAAAUGCGUUCCACAAGAGCUUUUCCACCACAUCACAGCUACAAGCUACACUGAAUCAAGUACGACGUGGCUGCCGAUCUGGCCAAAAAGCGCGAAAGAAGCGAUCUCCGGCCCUUGUUAACCGGCCACAGCUGAAAGGAGUGUGCUUGAAGACACAAGUUGAAAAGCCAAAGAAGCCCAAUUCCGGAGAAAGAAAGACCGCGAGAGUUAAGCUUACCAGUGGAAAGGUUAUUACGGCUUAUAUUCCUGGUGAAGGCCACAACAUCCAGCAGCACAGUGUGGUUUUGGUGCGAGGAGGACGACUUCAGGAUUGUCCUGGUGUGAAAUAUCGUCUUGUUCGUGGAGCAAUGGAUUUAAAUGGGGUUGGAAAUCGAUUGACCAGUCGGUCGAAGUAUGGAACGAAGAAACCAAAAGCCUCCACAUAA